GCAACAUGGCCGACAGGAAUAUGAGUGAAGAAAGCCGUGAAAGAUAUAUUUCUAGCAUAAAUUCCUUAAAAGAGCUUCUUGCAAGGUCCGAGGAACAACAGCAACUUAUUGCAAUGGAUGAAGGGUCAGUUACUGAACUGUUUGGUCACAUACAACAGCAACGACAGGAAAAGCAAGUGGGAAACAUUUCUCAAAAUAUUUCAAAUAGUGCAACAGAGCAAGCUAAUCCAGCAAUAGACUCAAGUGAAGCUCCUUUAACCAACAUAGAGGCAGGAGAAGAGGAGAGGGGAAUGUCAAUAGAUUUUGAGGUUGAGUUAUUUAUUGAAGAAAUUCGGAAACUUGGAUGUUUGUGGAAUACAUCUUUAUCUUCUUACAAAGACAGAAAUGCAAAACAAAAUGCAUGGAAAAUUCUCUCCAACAUAUUUAACAAAGAUGUGGAAUUUUUAAAGACACAGUUGAAAUAUUUGAAAGAUAACUUGAAGAAAUGCCUUGAUAGGAGAUCCAAGGCUACAAAAUCAGGGGCAGCUGCAUCAAAGUUGCCCACAUGCAAGUAUUUUGAUCAGUUGAGAUUUCUGCAUGGCAAAGUCUGUAACAAACCUACAGAAAGCAAUUUGACACCAGUGAUUGAUGUUGAAGAUUCAUCUUUAGCAGUCAAUAAUUCUUCUGCACUUACUAGUUUUGUAACCCAGUCAGUGCUCUGCCCCGAGACCUCAACUCCAACAUCAUCAAAGAGUAUUCCAGCCUCUGCUCCAGGAAAAAGUAAAGCAGAGACUGAAAUUAUUGCAAAUACACCUGCAAAGCGAAGUAAGUCAAGAGCAGAAAUGGCAUUUGCAGUAGAUACAAUGUUGGUGAAGACAUUGAAGGAUAUGCAAGAACCCACUGUUACUGAUCAAGAUGAAGAUUUAUUAUUUUGCAAAAGCCUUGUACCAAUACUUAAAAAGAUGCCUGCAAGACAAAAUAGGCUUGCCAAAAUAAAAAUAAAUCAACUUUUGUUUGAUAUAGAGUUUAAUGAUGAACUGUGACUAAUUUCAUCAAAAUAGAGUGACUUUCUCUAAAAACAAUAGACACUCAAAAUUUUAAAGUUAAAGUUGUACAGUAUGAUUCAUUUACUGAGAGUUUCUUUUAUAAGAUGUGAAUUAAACAGUAUUUUAAUUGUCAAGUGAAUGUAAGGUUCGCGUAACCAUUUCCAUUUGCCAGCUGACAGCACCCUGUUGUGAAUUGAAAUAUUCCUUGAAGUCAUCACGAGUACUUUUGGCUGAUUUAGAAUAGUUGUUUGAACCAAUUUGCGGAAUAGGGACCAUUCCUUCAAUGUUUCCUUCCCUUCUCCAUUCCCCAGUUUGCUGACCAGCUGCUGAUUCAUGAUCUGUGUAGCUAAGUGGGCAGUAACUGUGGGUAUCCUCUGGAGAUCUUGUUGCCAUUAAAAAGUUGUGCAAAACAACAACUGCUUUGGUAAUAUUUAUCACCUUCUCCACGUUUGCAAUGAUUGGUUUUCGAAACACUCGGAAACGUGAUGUUGCAACCCCAAAACAAUUCUCAAUAAUUCGCCGUGCCCUUGAUAGUCUAUAAUUGAACACCCUUUCUGCAAGGGUUAAGUUCUGUCCUGGGUAAGGUUUCAUCAUGAAAGUCUUGAGUCCAAAAGCAUCGUCCGCGACAAAUACAUA